AUGGCCAAACUAUUUUAUGUGAUUAUUCCAGGUUCGAUUUCUCAAUCCAUCGGGAACUUGACUGCUCUUACUCAAGUAUAUCUAUCCGAUAGUUCCAUUGAAGGCAUUAUACCAGAAUCCAUAGGAGCUCUAAAAUCUCUUACUUAUCUUGAUCUUUCUUUCAAUAAUCACGGGGGUUUCAUUCCUCAAUCUAUCGGAAAUUUAACAUCCCUAAUUAUUCUUGACCUAUAUAAUAACCAAAUUAGAGGUUUGAUCCCGGAAUCUAUAGGGGCUUUGACAUCUCUCACUAGACUUGAUCUUUCUCUAAAUUAUUUACAUGGUCUGAUUCCUCCGUCUAUUGGAAACUUGAUAUCACUUUUUGACCUUUAUCUUAAAUACAACAGAUUUAGUGGUUCAAUUCCGGCUGAGAUUGGCAAUCUUACCAAACUUUCAGACCUCACUGUGAGUGCGAAUCGGUUUACUGGUUCUCUACCAGAAUCACUUUGCCAACUAAACAAUUUAAGCGCGCUGUUGGUUGAUGAUAAUCAGCUGGGAGGAAGCAUUCCUAAAUGCAUCGGAAAACUAUCAAAUCUAGAAAUCAUGGAUCUUGUUUCCAAUUCAUGGGACGGUAUUAUAUCUGAGCAUCACUUUGUCAACCUCACCAACCUUUUUUCCUUUCGAAUUUCUUCAAGAUCUAACUUAAUGGUUAAUAUCAGUUCUAGAUGGGUUCCUCCAUUUCAGCUUAAUGAUAUAUACAUGGACUACAUAAAAGUGCCCAAAUUUCCCAAAUGGCUUAUAACACAGAGAUCACUUGCUGACAUCACGGUGAGAAACACGAGCAUAUCCGAUACCAUAUUAGCAAUUCCAAAUAGUGUGAGAUAUUUAGACCUCUCAAAUAACCACAUGUUUGGUAAUAUCCCUGCUCUUUUAUGCAAUCUAACGUCCUUGAAGACUAUGCUUGUCUCUGAUAAUAAAUUUUCAGGAGCGCUACCCCCGUGCCUAGGAAAUUUGACAGACUUGCAUGACUUUUCUGUUAUGAAUAACAACCUCGGUGGGGAUAUUCCGAUUUCUUUAGGUUUUUUAAGGUUUCUUUGGUAUUUAAACUUGCACAAUAAUAAUUUUCAAGGCAAACUUCCACUGUCCUUCCAAAAUUUGUCAUCUAUAAUCGGACUUGAUGUGGGAAAGAACAAUUUAAGCGAUAUUCUUCCUGGUUGGACUUCGAAGUUGCUGGAUCUCAGGUAUUUAAUACUAAGGUCCAACAAUUUUUACGGUGAAAUUCCCACCGAUAUAUGUCAUCCAUCAAUUCAAGUUCUAAACCUGGCAAAAAAUGACAUAACGGGAAACAUACCUCCUUGCUUCGGCAAUUUUACUGCCAUAAUUACAAGUUAUAACAGCGGAAAAGAAGAAGGUCCAAUAUAUGGGGGACUGAGUUAUGAAGAUAUAAUCAUUGAUGAUCCAAAAGGAUAUGAACUAACAUAUUCCUCUACACUUGAUUUUCUUUAUUCCAUUGAUUUAUCAAAUAACAAUAUCAGUGGGGAGAUUCCAAAGGAGUUGACGAACCUCCAUGGUUUGUUGAGUUUAAACAUAGCUGGUAACCGUCUAUCCGGAAGGAUCCCUGACACGAUUGGGAAAUUGGAUAAACUGGAAUUUCUUGAUCUGUCCAGAAAUGAACUUGCUGGUCAUAUUCCACAGAGUCUGUCAAAUCUGAGCUUUUUAAGCCAUUUAAACCUCUCCUUUAAUGAUUUUUCGGGGAGAAUACCAACGGGAAACCAACUCCGAACCCUAGACGAUCCCUCCAUUUAUGUUGGAAACAAUCAGCUCUGUGGUCCACCCAUCCUGAAGCCCUGUCCUGGUGACACCGAUUCACAUGAUUUUCACAACAACAAUGAAAAUGAAUUUUAUUCGGAUGACGAGCACGUGUGGUUUUAUGCAGGGAUAGGACCUGGUCUCUUGGUCGGCUUUCUGGGAUUCUGUGCUUCUUUUCAUUUUAUUCCAACAUGGAGGUACUUCUACUUUCACUCUGUUGAACGAUUCUCUGACAAGAUAGCGCUUUCCAUUGCUUUGUGGUGGAGAAGGUUCCAGAACUAA